AUGCAGAUCAAGAACGUCCUGGUCAGCCUCUUCGCCUUGACCGUCUCGGUCAAGGCCAUUCCUGAUGUCGACACCGACUUCUCCCUCGAGGCUCGUGACGACUCUGCUCUCGAUGCCCGAGACGAGUCUGAGCUCCUCGAGCGCGGCGACUACAAGCCUGUCCCUCACUGCAAGGACAACCAGUGGUACAACUGGAAGCACAACAAGUGCGAGUGCAAGGAUGGCUUCAAGGAGGAAUACGGCAAAUGUGUUGCCAAGAAGCCUGACUGCAAGUACAACGAAGUCUACUCCUGGAAGUACAAGAAGUGUGUCUGCAAGGACGGCUACGAGUACAAGUACGGCAAGUGCGAGCUCAAGAAGCCCACUUGCAAGGACAACGAGGUCUACGACUGGCACUCCAAGAAGUGCGAGUGCAAGGACGGCUUCGAGGAGAAGUACGGCAAGUGUGUUCCCAAGUGCAAGUGGGGACAGAACUACGACCACAAGCUCGGCAAGUGUGUUUGCCCCAAGGGUACCUCUGAGAAGUACGGCAAGUGUGUGAAGGACUGCGCCCACGGACAAUUCUACAACCACCACAGCCACAAGUGCGAAUGCAACAAGGGCACCGAGUGGAAGUAUGGCAAGUGUGUUCCCAAGUGUUCUCACGGCCAGUACUACGACCACAAGGCCGGCAAGUGUGUCUGCCCCAAGGGUGAGAAGUUCGAAUACGGAAAGUGCAUCAAGGACUGCCCCAAGGGACAAGUCUACAACAAGUGGGCCGACAAGUGCGAAUGCGCCAAGGGUACCGAGUGGAAGUACGGAAAGUGCAUCCCCAAGUGUCCCCACGGCCAGUACUUCGACAAGCACGCCGACAAGUGCGUCUGCCCCAAGGGCGAGAAGUUUGAGUACGGCAAGUGCAUCAAGGAUUGCCCCAAGGGCCAAUUCUACAACAAGUGGUCCAAGAAGUGCGAAUGCAACAAGGGAACUGAGUGGAAGUACGGAAAGUGCAUUCCCAAGUGCAGCCACCCUCAGUACUACGACCACAAGGAGGGCAAGUGUGUCUGCCCCAAGGGAACCAAGUUCGAGUACGGAAAGUGCAUUCCCGUCUGCUCUGAGGGCAAGGUUUUCGACAAGCACGCUCACAAGUGCGUCUGCCCCAAGGGUACAUCCGAGGUCUACGGCAAGUGUGUCAAGGACUGCCCCAAGGGCCAGUACUACGACCGCUGGAGCAAGUCCUGCAAGUGCCCCAAGGACCUGACCUGGAACGGCCACAAGUGCGCCUACGACUGUGGCAAGGACGCUGAGUACAAGUACGGCGCCUGUGUCUGCAAGAAGCACGACCAAGUCUUCAACAAGCACGCCAAGAAGUGUGAGUGCAAGAAGGGCUACUACUACAGCCACAAGAAGGGCGAGUGCAAGAAGGCCGACUACUAG